CCUCAUUGACGUAGAAUCAGGAAGUCACGGGAUAGUUUUGCUUCGGUUUUUCGAGUAUCAAAACGGUGUGAUUGUUGCUUUCUCUAGAGUAAAAAAUGAGCCGAAUUUAUAACAAUACGUCCUUGCAGAAUAAACCUGUUCAUAAUGAAAAGAUUGAGCACGCGUGGUCCCCCUCCUCAUAUCAGAGUGGUCUAGGUGUCAUAUUAGAGGGAAAGUUGGUUGAUGUCUCACGCCAUGUUAUCACUGACGUCAACAAUCAGAAGGACCGUUUCUAUGUCCUAUACAUCAAACCUAGUCGAAUCCACCAAAGGAAAUUUGAUGCUAAAGGAAUGGAAAUUGAACCAAACUUCAGUGAUACCAAAAAGGUCAACACAGGUUAUCUCAUGUCAUCAUUCAAGGUGGAGGCUAAAGGAGAGACUGAUUGCCUCACUGAGGUCCAGCUGGAAAACCUAGUGACUAAGGAGGAUCUGGUGAAAGUGACAGGGAAACACUGUCUAAGUGGGACCUAUGCUUUCUGGUACCCAGAGGGAGAGAUGAGCAAGACUGAACUAGAAACAGGCCAGGACAUUCGACUGAAAACCAAAGGCGAUGGCCCAUUUAUUUUUUCCUUGGCCAAAGUCGAUGGAGGCACAGUGACCAAAUGCAAUUUUGCCGGAGACAAAGAAGCAGGAGCAUCGUGGACAGACAAAAUAAUGUCCAACAAAUCCGAUGCCAGCAGUGCAACGAGGUCUGAAGGCCAUGGCGAGGGAGCAGAUGAGGAGGAAUGGGAUGAUUGAGGAGAUGAAUGGAAUUGCACAGUAAAACCUCCUUAUUCCUGUGUUGGUUUGUACUCCACGGUUCCACCCUCCGACAUUGCUUGUGCAGCAUAUGCACACUAAAGAGGAAGAGGGUCGUUUCAUUUUUUAUUCAGCACUCCUUUUGUAAUAUAGAGUUCUCUACAAGAAAUUGACAAAUCUGGCUAUUGCAGUGUAUCUUCAGUGUAGGGGUGUACAUGUAUUGCUUUGAACCUGUCUUUGGUAAACGUCAUACAUGCUUUACUUCUCUAUUAUCUCUCUAUUGAAAAUGUAUCCUUGUUUGUAGAAGGGUACAAAUGAUAUGUACUGCACAUAUUAACCUUGUAAUAAAACAAAUGGCAAUUUAUCUGAUGGGGUUGUUCUAAUGAUGUGUGUCAUCCAAAAUGUAAACCAUCAAUUGGGUAAGAGUGGUCAUGCAAGGGCAGAGUUAUAACUUUUACUAGUAGAGUAGCCAUUGUCUACUAAUCAGAUUAUCAGUGUGUGCAAAUGUGUGAAGUUGCCAAAUAGAUGUAGACUACAGUGGGUGAUUUUAAAUCAUGCAUUCUCCAAAAAAGAUUAGAAACUGUUUGGGUUACCAACAUGAAUGAAUACAUUACUUGUGUACAUGUAACAAAUAAAAUAAAUGUCUCUCAGUUUUUCUGAGCCCUUUACUAACAAAUAAUACACUUAGAUACAAUUAUGUAUAUAUUUAUUGUUGAAUAUUCCUCACGCCUCCUGACAUGAUAGCACAAACAUUUACAUUGAUUUAAAAAAGGAAAAUGGCAAGAUACAAUAUGCAAUACUUUGGUACAUAAUACUUUUACAAAUACAUAAAGACAUAUUAUUGCUAUAGUUGCGUGUUGUUUGAUAGUCUUAACAGAAUAAUUGUAGUUGUCAAUGAACCUGAGAAAGUACUUUCUUUGGAUUUGACUUUGUCAGUGUAAACAAUAUUGGCAAGUCUCAAAAAUAAAUGGUGGAUUUGUUACUUGUUGAAAUAAAACAGAAUUUCCUGUUGAA